GUGCUCCUCUGUCCGUUUCGAGUGGCAUUGAGAAAAAUUCGGACUAUGCUGUUGACGCACUCCACAGUCCCACAUCCACUUGGACAGACGCGGUUUCCAGAGGAACAACUGUACUUGGAACCACAUUAGUUUUAUAGCUACAGCAUUUCAAUGUAUCUCAAGAUGCCACAUUUGGUUUUAUUUUUAUAUUUACUUCAAGGACUGAAUAAUUUUAUUGCCGCGCAACAAGCUGCGCCCUGGAGAAACCGGAUCCAGUGGGUGAAUAACGGUCAGGUGUUUAGUUUAAUGAGCACCGGGUCUGAGUAUCACGCACCGGUACCGUCCAGGACACAGUCCAGGGUUAAUCUGAGCAGCAAUCGAGACAGGACGAUGCAAAUUCGAGUGGGCACAUCCAAUACUCUGGCUGAGAGACCCACUAAUAGCGCGUCGGAUAGCGGGACAACCGCGCUUCUGGGGUCGGACAGCACGCGCUAUAUAGUGGCCAACAGCCGCGCACCAGGUGCCCGUCAAGUGCAGAUGCGUCAGAGAGCCAGAGGUCCUCCAGGAACCAGAGUUAAUGGUACCAUUCUGUCUGAAUACUCAGGCGGAGGUGUCCCUGGAAGAAGCCCAGCACGGCGAGAAAAUAACGCGCGGAGAGCGCCAGCUUUUGCCAGUAUUCAACAGCUGAUUGCGCCCACGCAGAAUUCCAACACCUUUCCAAACCCUGAUUACGGAAACUACAAUGAUGCGAGUGUCUCCAGAACGCCUGAGCAGGGAACAGCACCUGACAAUAUGGCAGGAGAUGACCCACGAAACAGGAAUACGGUUUUCUACAACAUUUAUCAACCCGGUGGAAGGAACAACAUCCCCCGCCGCCCUCCGCCGGGCACCGGGUACGGCACCAGAUAUUUCCACAACGGUCUUCCAGACCUUGUUGCAGACCCGUAUUCUAUCCAGGCGGGCUCGUAUAUCCAGCGCGUACAGAUGUACGCGCUCCGCUGCGCAGCUGAGGAAAACUGCCUGUCGCGGUCAGCAUACAGACCGACAGUGAGAGAUAUUGACUACAGAGUUCUUCUCCGGUUUCCACAAAAAGUCAGAAACAUGGGAACAACUGACUUUCUGCCAGUCAAACCCAGACAUGAGUGGGAGUGGCACAGCUGUCAUCAGCACUAUCACAGCAUGGACGCGUUCAGUCACUAUGAUCUCUUGGACAUUAACACUGGACUAAAGGUUGCUGAAGGACACAAAGCGAGCUUCUGUCUGGAGGACACUGGCUGUGAUCCCGGCUUCCAUCGCAGAUACGCCUGCACUACACACACCCAGGGAUUGAGUCCAGGUUGCCAUGAUACUUAUGCAGCCAAUAUUGACUGCCAGUGGAUCGACAUCACAGAUGUUCCUCCAGGAAACUACAUUCUUAAGGUCACAGUCAAUCCAAACUUCCUGGUGCCCGAGUCUGACUUCUCUAAUAAUGUUGUGCGAUGUGAAGUCAUUUACACUGGCCAUUUCAUCCAAACACGAAAUUGCAGAAUAACUGGGAAUUAAAGACAUCGGAUCAUGUAAAUGUGUUUGUCCUUCUAUUAGAGUACAUUUUAAAGGCCUAUAUAAUAGGUAAUAAUUUAAUUGAAAUGUUUCUCAGUAACUUGAAACAAUCCAUACAAUUGUUGGAAUAAUUGUUAAUGACAAAUGUAAUGUACUGUUCUUGCCUAGUGCCAGCAGCAAAACUGAAAAUGCCCAUUUUUAGUCUCAUCAACUUUGUUUUUCUGAAGCUUGCUUUAUAAUAAAAUGUUAAUUUCUUCUUUUAAAAUAAAAACCAUAAAUUAUAGAUUAAGUGUUUACAGUAUGUUUGUAUCCUAUUGCUUUUAAGCAUUUGUAUUUAUUGCAUAGAUUAUAAUAAAUAUAUAUAUAAAAUAUCCUUUAAACUAAGAUAAUGUUUAUUUGGACGUUCCACUUGAUUUUGAGUUCAUAGUGGUUGAGCGUAUUUCUCCAGUACAGACCACUAGUGUAAAAUUUACAUUUGAAAUACUCAAAAGAGUUGAUACUCCAGUUGUGGGCCAAUAUUUCUGUAUCUUCAAAAGCUUUGUGAAUAUGCAAUAUGUAGAGUUUUACUGUGUUCACUGUCUGCCUUUUUCUUUGCCAUGAUUAUAAUAUUCAUUCCAUGAAUCCUGGACUUGGAUGGACGAAGCCGUUUGGCUUGAUAUACAAUAAACAAAACAAAUAGAGUGAAUGUA